ACAAUUACUUCAUUUUUUACAGUGAUAUUGUUGAUGUUGGCUUGCGAGAGAACGUUAGUUGAAGGUUUAACUUGCUUGAACUGUGAUUCAGUUAUGAAUCCUUUGUUUUGCGACCACACAAUUGAAUGCAUGUCAGGAUCAAUUUGUAGCAUUGAAAAGUUUGAAAGUUCCGGAAAUAUUUUGUACAAACUAGGAUGCUUGUCUAGAACGAGAUGCCCAAGAACAAGGUCACUAGCACAUACAGACAUAGAGCAGUGUAUAGAAUGCUGUACUACAGAUGGAUGUAACAAGGAUGGCUGUGGAAUAACAAAUCAUCUUCAAACUGGGCCUUUGUGUUUUAACUGUGAUGGUAUCGCAGAUCCUAUGCAAUGUCAUCAGACAAGAGUGUGUGAAGCUGAUGAGAUGUGUUAUAUUCAGGAAAUGAUGCGCUUUAAUCAACGUUUUUUCAAAACGUCGUGUGAAAAUAUGCAUGUUUGUCAAGCUUUAUCCGGAUAUGUACCAGCUUUUGGACGAAAAAAGAGAGCUGCAAUCAUACAAAAGCGAUCAACAUUAUGUUCAAAAUGUUGUCAGAGUGAUUUAUGCAACGAUUAUUGUACAACAACCACGAGUACAACAAGUACAACACCUGCUACAACACUUGUGCAUGGAUGCGGUGGAAAUUUUUCUUCGAUGUCUGGAAGUUUGAGUUCUCCAUGGUUUCCAGAUCCUUAUCCAAAUUUAUCGAGCUGCAAAUAUUACAUUGAUGUUCCAGUGGGAUAUAAAAUACAUUUGACAGUUAAUACAUUUAAAACUGAAGGAUCACUUGAUUAUCUAAAGGUGUAUGAUGGCCUAACAACUUCAAACAAUACAUUGGCAGAACUUUCCGGAACAUAUAGAAAUAACACAGAAAACAUAACAUCAACAAACAAUGAAAUGCUUUUACAUUUUACAUCUGACGUUAGUGUAGUUUAUUAUGGAUUUCGCGUAUCAUACAAAGCAUUCAACCACAGUGGUUCAAGAUUUUUGACAAGUUCAACAGGUUCAUUCAGUUCUCCAAAUUAUCCUCAUCCAUAUACGGAUUACUUAUAUUGCACAUAUUUGAUUCGGGUGCAAUCAGGACAGAGAAUUAACUUAGCAUUUACUAGUAUUAUUACAGAAGGCAACUAUGAUUACCUCCAGGCAUUUGAUGGAUCAAGAGUUUCAGAUAGGCGCUUACUAAACUUUUCUGGGUCAAUUAAUAAUACGAUGAUUAUUCAGUCUACUGGCAAUGUCAUUCUGGUGUUGUUUACAACUGACGGAAGUCACACGGAGAGAGGGUUCACUGCUACCUAUACCUCGCAUUCAUGA